AAAAAAACACACGUUCUGGAGGAUGUCUGAAUUGCGUGUGCGUGCCUGUACGGAAGAUGGCGGCGCCCUGUUGGGAUAUUCCAAUAUGGCGGCCUACAGAUUGGAGCAAGGGGAGGAUGCGUUUAGGAAGCUGUUUCGUUUGUACAAGAGCAGGAACCCGCCAGCUGAUUUGAGCGGAGUGAUAGAUUUUAGUCAGGGACACCCAAAGGUUCAAAGCAAAAAGCUUGGUCUCGGCUUACUAAAUGACCAGGAUGCUAGCAGAGCUGGUUUACAGCCACUGCGCCAAUGGAAAGUGUAUAGCCUGGAUGGCUAUCCAGGGUUCCUUUUUAUUUCAAAUCCCUUUCUACCUGGCUGGCAGCAUCACUGGGUGGGGCAAUGUCUAAAGUUCUAUCCUCGCAAGCCCAAUGUGUGCAAUCUUGACCUGCACAUGACUUUGGAACAAACUUCUGACCUGUGGGGUAGUAGUCAGGAACAGCUCAGGAGUAAAUCAGCAGAGAAGAGGAAUAAGAAGAGUGUGCUGGAGAAACUAAGAUGGGUGACACUUGGCUAUCACUACAACUGGGACACAAAAACAUACAACAGUGACCUUCUCUCUCCUUUCCCACUGGACCUGGCAGAGCUCUCCCGCUGUGUGUCUGCAGCCUGUGGCUUUCACAAUUUCAAACCUGAGGCCGGAAUCCUUAAUUACUAUCAUCUGGAUUCAUCCCUGGGCAUUCAUGUCGAUGAGUCUGAGCUGGACCAUCAAAGCCCCCUUCUGUCUUUCAGUUUUGGCCAGUCCUGUAUAUUCUUGUUGGGAGGUUUAAACCGGGAACACAUGCCAACUCCAAUGAUGAUGCAUAGUGGAGACAUCAUGGUGAUGUCAGGUCAAAGUCGUUUACUGUACCAUGCUGUGCCACGAAUUCUCCCUUUCCCUGGGGGAGACAUGUUGCCGCCAUGCCUUUCUGUUCCACCAGCCACUGAAACCUCUGAUCCUCCUCUUAUUGAACCUUGUUCUACUCUAGAUUGGGAAGUAUGUGCACAGUACCUGCGCCGUUCGCGCAUUAAUAUGACUGUCAGGCAGGUUUUGCAAGAGGGCUGCUCCUUUCCACAAGUGGAAAAUUUGAGUCAGUUAACUGAAGCAGACUCUUAUCACCACUACGACGGCGAAGAGAUGGGAAGGGAAGGACAUGAUGGAAAGGAUGUAUUGACAAAACGUAUGAAAAUGACAGAGGAUUGCUGAGUGUCCUGCUACAAAUACUGAUUUUAUUUCCAUUUAAUACGACUGUGUUCCAUUUUUAUUUAUGAGCUUUAAGCAUUUUUGAAGAUUUUAUAUUGGAAAUAUACAAGUCAGAUAUAAACCGCUUCCUUCCUUCUGCAAACAUCCGUUUCACAUAUUUACAAAUCUGCAGAGUGAAAGAGUAAAUGGCAAUAUUACAUCAAGGAGAGUAUCUGUAGCCAUACGAUCAAAAGAUGCGCAGUUUGCUUAGGGUAAGUCACAAUUUCAGCUGCCCACACACGUGGCGAUUUCCGAUCUUUCGUCCGACCAUCGGACCGUAUGGAGGUAGAAACAAUAGGAUUUCUACCUCCUUCUGCCGAUUCAGCCCUGAAGGUAGAUUUUGCUCGGGCGCCAUCAAAAUCUUUUAACCCGCCCGAUCGCCUUCUGCGAUAUGGGUCGCCUCGCCGAGUUGCCAUACACACACCGAAUAUCAUAUGAAACAAGGUUUUGUAUGGCCAGCUUUAGACCAGAAAUGUGUCAACUGCAUCUAUCGUAAAAAAAAAAAAAGCACUAUCUAACUGCAGGCCUGGGGGGAGAGAAAAAGGAGUCCUUGGUAGUUAAAGACUACUCAGUUGCCUCCCAGUGUGCUUAUUACCAUCCCAUACCCUCUCUGACUGCAGCCAUGUAGUCAAAAAGCAUAUGGUGCACCAAUUGUGCUUGAAAUAGCAGAUGACCUAUUGCCAGAUUGCCCUUAAUUGCACACUGAGGUCUGAGGAAUGACUCCUAGGUCCUCAUAAAAUUGCACAUUUUUAUUAUAUUUCUACAAAUACUCUUCUUUUUUGAUGUAAUAUUGCUAUUUACCAUUGUUCAUAAAAUUUACACACCGUGGUGAUUUCACUUUUUUUUUUUUUAUUAUCAUACUUUAUUAACAGUUACGUUUAAUUUUCAAAUUGACUCUGAAAGCUAAAUGCAGGGUUCGUGCAAGUUAACUGGGUCUCUAAAAAAGGUGUUUUUCCCCUAGAAACUAAUUGGUGUACUCAGCUAAAGGUAGCCAUACACAGGCAGUUUUAAACUGCCGAUUCAGAUCCUUCAGAAUGAUUGAGCAGCUUAUCUGCCCUUGUUUGGGGCUCUCCAACAGGCCUUCCCAACUAGCUGGCCAAAAAUUGGGCAGAUGAUCGUAUAGGCUUGAUUUUUCUGUUGGAUCGAGGACCACAUCAGCUCAUUGAUGUGGUCCUUACUCUGGCUUUUCGUAUCCCCUUUAUUGUAAUGCACGUUUGGCCCUAGGACCAUGUUGUGGUAAGUUGGCCAGAUCACCUCUUUAGGUUUAAAUUACGGGUAACAUGUAGCUGACUAGUUUAUUAGGCUAAAUUAUCAUAUAGUUUAUUUGGGGAGCAGUUAGCGCUAAUGUAUGGACUUGGUUUUCCUCAAUGAAAAUAAUGAUGCCUAUUGCAAGUCACUUAUGACAAACUACUAAUCAGCCUUGUAUGGUAAAUAUUAUGAUGUGUUUAUAUACUGUAUAUUAUGAGCUGGUCCCUAAGCUCAGGUAACUGGCACCAGUUGAAAGAAUGUGCUGUAAAUCAACAGAAGAGAAAAUUAAAAGGUACGUGUUCAUCUUUAAA